CUCGCGUAGACACAUCCAACAACAUUCAUUCCAGCCUUAGGCUUUGCGUGUACGUUUCGCGUCACUCACACCCAUUACGCGAUAAAUCUCCUGUACCAUCUUAGGUCCAAUGACUAGCCUCUACAACUCUGUCGUUCACGCGAUCACUCCAGGUCGCACCAGCAAGAGCAGAGAGCCGUCGCUGCCUGCAACAAACAUGCCGAACUUCGCAGAACUCUCCUCGGAGCUCGCAUCUGAAGUUGCAGAUAUUGCUGCGCCCGUCUCCAAUAUGCUCGCCGCGCCUUUCCGACCCAGUUCAGUCUCCUCUGGUACUGUUCCCACCGAUCCUGCGCCUCUGGAGACAAGAUCCUCAGCCGAGCCUUUGCCCAAGACAGUACCAGAGACAGCUCUUCCUGCGCCGAUGGUAGAGCCUGAUGGCGAUGCUCCUCCUAAACCACCGCCGAAGACUGCAAUCCAACGGGGUCGCGCACCAACUGCAAAGGCCUCAGCUCCCCUGACUCGUCCCUCUGGUGUCACCAAGUCUCGUGGCCCAGGUCGUCCCAAAGGUUCUAAGGUUUCUAAGAUCCAAAAGCCAGUCGCAGUAGCUCAGCGAACCAGUCACCGGAACGUCAAAGCACCCGAGCGAUUUGAACCUAUCGCCUUUAAACCUCCGGUUCCCAAGAAACAUAGCGGCUUCUACGAGAUCAAAGCUAUCAUCGAAGAGAACGACGACGGAUACAAGGUUGACUGGGCUGGGAAAGACCCCAAAACUAAGAAGCCUUACGAGCCAACUUGGAUCCCAAAGGAUGACGCAAACGUAGGUGCAAUCAAAGAAUGGGAGAAGAAGCAGAAGAAGGUGGCCAAAGAUGCAAAGGCAGCUGGUCCCAAGACGACUGGUGCAAAGUCCCGCGGUCGCCCAACAAGCUCCAACGCGAAGAGAGGAGGUCGCCCUGUAGGCACGGCCACAAAGAAAGCAGGCCGCCCCGCAGGUAUAGCCACGAAGAAAGCAGACACCACCAUCCCGAUUGCGAAGAAGCGCGGACGUCCAGCAGCUGCCAAGAAACCAGUAGCUGCAAAGACUGUCACGAAAGAAGCGACCAAGACACAAGCCAAUAUGAAGGCCAGGAUGGCUAAGUCACGAGAGGGACGCGCAAGCAAGAGAGCUGGUCUGAAAUCUGCAAGACGCUGAAAGAUCUAUCUUCGUAUUGAUAUCUUCUGGGGGCGCAGGCGGGGUAUGGGCGUUUCCAGAUAUAUCACAAGAAUGGGGCCACUGUUUAUGAGGGAAUGAGCAUGGGAGUAAAGGGCUUAUUGCGGAUCGAUUUCAUUGUAGGGCUGGGUGGAGAGGUAUGGAUCUCAGGGGCGCAGACACGUCUCAUCCAGAUGACUCUUAGUCACAUCGCUCAACUUCUAUGCCAAUUAUAUUCAAAGCGUGCGGUUUAUCAUUAUGU